UUACAAACACGGAAAUACAGUGUAGUUAGAACGACGUCAACGUUGAAUCGCUGAUGCAGAUGUCAACUAUUUGGACGAUAGCUGAUUUGAUAUUCAUAGAGAAAUUACUCACAAUUUAGACACAUACCUAGCUACAACAUAUUCCGUUUUCCGUUAUAUGGAGUUUUUGCAGUUUCUGUCAUGGGCGUGCAUCGUAUUUACAGUCGGGAUGUUCUCGACUGGACUGACGGACCUGAAGAAGAUGAGAGCUUCCAAAAGUGCAGAUAACGUCCAGUUCCUUCCCUUCCUCACCACAUGCCUCAAUAACCUGGGCUGGCUGUAUUAUGGGAUACUGAAGACGGAUGGGACUCUGGUCCUGGUUAACACCAUAGGAGCCUGUCUACAGUCCCUCUACAUCCUCUCCUACUGCCACUACACCUACGAUAAGAGGCGAGUGACCUCUCAGACGUUACUAGCAGGAGGAGUGGUCUGUGGAGGCUGGCUGUACUUCAGUGUUCUCCUUCCUCAGGGAGAGUCUCAGCUGGCCCAGUUAGGCCUCACCUGCAGCCUGUUCACUGUCAGCAUGUACCUGAGUCCACUCGCUGACCUGAUGAAGAUAGUGCGUACAGGUAGUGUGGAGUGUUUGUCCUUCUCUUUGACUGUAGCUACCUUCCUCACCUCAACAUCCUGGACGCUCUAUGGGCUACAGCUGCAAGACUACUAUAUCAUGGUUCCAAACACGCCAGGCAUCGUGACCAGUCUCAUCCGGUUCUUCCUGUUCUGGAGAUUUGCGUCUGUCAAUCAAGGUGUGCCGUCCUAUAAGCUCAUCGAAAUCUAAGUGGCUGGAGACUCGCCCACCAACGGUUACAAGGGAGAGAGAGAUAACAGGCUUCUUGACCCUAUCAUGGGCAGGCUGUCAAUCACGGAUAUUGUUACUCAUAUUCUAAAUGAUUCAUGAUCACUCCUACCCACCAAGGGUUUAAGAAGUCUUUCUCCACUCAAGGCAGUUGUCCCUAAUCACAGAUCUAGGAUCAGAGUACCCUAGCAAUAGGGGAUGAAAAAUGCUGAAUAAAUAUCUGACCCUGUGUCAGUGGAUAGGGGCAUCUCCCUCCACCACUUUCUUUUAGUGCCUUCUGUCCUAGUCUGGGACAUAAUUACUGCCACCUGAGAUAACCAAACUCAACCAUGGGCGUGACAGUCCUGCCCUGUCAAUCACAGUAGUCUCUGUUACCCAGUGGGAGGUUUUUGCUCUUAGCAUCAAAGCGCUGCUAUUGAAUCCCUCUAACAGGGCAGGAUGAUCCCGCCGCUAGUGGGGUUUGAGACCCCACUCACCUUUUAUAGUUGACUUGUAUGUCCUCAUCACUAUGGUACCCUGUAAACUAGGGGUGAACAACUCUGUUCCUGGGUGCCACAGUAUCUGCUGGGUUAUUAUCCUUCUGUUUUAACUAGACUGAUGUAUACCUGUAUAACCAGCCGUCUACGGUCUAGACCCGCUAGUCAAUCAGUGAUAUGAAUGGAUCAAUGAAGUACCAAGGAGAGAUGAAAACCAGCAGGACUGUGUGGUUCUAGUAGGACUAGUUGUAGCUGGGGUUUAGAGCCCUCAGUUGUGCAUUCCUAAAAGGGUUGCAAAAUUCCGGGAACGUUCAAUAAAGUCUUUCCGAAAUCCCGGUUGGAGAAAUCCCAGAAUCUGAAGGGAAUAAUAAGGAAGCCUGGAACCCUCCAACCAGGAUUUCUGGAAAACCAGGGAACCCUACUCUUAAGCAGACGUCAUGUACUCUACAUAAUUAAUAAGGAAGUCUGGAACCCUCCAACCAGUAUUUCUGGAAAACCAGGGAACCCUACUCUAAGCAGACGUCAUGUACUCUACAUAAUUAAUAAGGAAGUCUGGAACCCUCCAACCAGUAUUUCUGGAAAACCAGGGAACCCUACUCUAAGCAGACGUCAUGUACUCUACAUAAUUAAUAAGGAAGUCUGGAACCCUCCAACCAGGAUUUCUGGAAAACCAGGGAACCCUACUCUAAGCAGACGUCAUGUACUCUACAUAAUUAAUAAGGAAGUCUGGAACCCUCCAACCAGUAUUUCUGGAAAACCAGGGAACCCUACUCUAAGCAGACGUCAUGUACUCUACAUAAUCGGUACUUUGUCUCUAAAUCCAUGAACUGAGGGAAGACUCUUUCUGUGUGAGCGGUUGUUACUAAGAUUUCCAUUCCUAUUUUGUUUCGUGCACAAUGUUUUUGUUUGUUGUAUUUGGGUCGUAUGCCUUCGUGUGCAUGUUCACAAGAUGUUUUUGUUUAUUUUAUUGUUUUACAUUGGUCCAAACUAAAUAUAAUGUAAGUAUAUUGUCUAUGCUAUUUUGUGUUAGAUGCAAUGGAUUGUGAAUAGGAUAUUCUACAUAUGCUAUUAUAAUGGGAUAUUAUCACUAUGGAAAUAAGGGAGUUGGGGCUUUGCUGGGUCUUCAGACUAAUUGAAUAAAUGAUUUAUACUGUUGUCUAA